UCUGUCUCACUCGCACUUUUUUCUUCAAAAUUAAAAAAAUUAAAUAAACUUGAAUUUUCACCGUUUUUGAUGCCAAACGACGCGGCGUCGCUUCCGACACCCCAAAACCCGCACCCGGACGGGAAAAACGCCCGGAAAAUACGAAAAAAUUGCUAAAAACGUAAAAGUUAGUUGCAUAUUAAACCGUAUUCCAACAUUUGGCGCUGAUGGCACACAGAAGGGAUUGCUGACUGCAGAAUUUUUGGUUGAAGGGACAAUUUUGGCGCAAUUUUACAUCUCAGCUGAUUUUUGUUGUGUUCUACUCUAUUGUCUUGUGAUUUUCUCAAUUUUCCCCCAAAUGGAACCAUCGGAAAUUGAGUUUCUCAGUGAAAAUACCAUCCUGGGCUGCAUUCCCAACUUCACAUGUGAUGCAAUUCACCUAAUUUCGGGGAGUAUUGGCCCUUUUCGGGCAGGUUUGCCGGUCAAAGUGCCUUUGUGGUUAGGUUUGCACCUCAAGAAGCAGCAGCGGUGUCGUUUCGUUGUUCCGGAUUGGAUGAAUGUGGACAGUCUGGAGGAGUUGAAGGAGCAGGAAACGAGGCAAACGAAUUUCAUGAAAAUGCCCUGCCCACACUACAUGCCAGUGGCAAAAUUGAUUUUUUCCGUGGCUGCUGAGGAUAUCCCGCAAUCCUUUGAGAUCCGGACACUAAUCAAGGAUAUCUAUGAUAUAAGGAGUUCCAAAUUUCGUUCCUUUAUGGAUACUUUCAUUCGUGGGGAGGAGCAGAGGAUAAAAUUGGACAAUUUGACGAGUAUGGAAAUUCACACGUGGACUCCGCUGUUUCCACAUGCGCUGGAUUUCCUGAGUCGCCUCAAAAAGGGAGCCGAACAAGCCGCCUACAAUGCCAGUCACACCAGCAGAACUUCAAGAAAUACCUCCUCCUCAAUGCAGCACUUGAAUUCAACGUCUCAUCAUUCAUGAAGAAGAAAAAGAUCCAAACCCGUAAGUGCAGCAAAAGAUCAUCAACUACAGAAAUUUCACUUCAAAUUUAUUUUCCACAUUUUUUUUCUUACUCUCUAAAGAAGAAUAAAAACCUUUCUCCCACGCGGAGAUUACACACAAAAGUUACACGAAAAGAAAAAAAUGGAAUUUAAAGAUUAAGAGAGAUUAGAAGAUUGUCUUGCAUUUUAGUCUCUCGCCUGUUGUUAUUUACACAAAAUCUAACAUUAAUGACUCGUUGUCGAACUGAUUUUGUGGACUUUGCAAAUGAUUCUUAGAGUUAGUUCCCUAGAAAUCUCUCAACGCAAAGUCCGCCAAACACUUUGGUUUAUUUCCAGCAAAAGAAAAACGAUUAAAAAGUCACACAAAAAAGAGUUAAAAUCAAGAAAUUUCGAUGCUUAAGAAGAAAAUAUAAAAUCGUUAAUGCGUUCGGUAAUUAAUGUACCAUAAUUUGCGCACUUAUGGACACAAUUAAUCGUCUUACUGGUCUAUACAGGGAUUACAUUUAUCUUGGUUACAGAGUUGGAGAUUGUCCAGAUAGCAGCAAUCUAUUUUUAGGAUAAUAGAUUAAGGAAAUUAAAUUAAAAUUGUACAUUGUAAGCUCAAGAAUAAUAUAAUAAUUCUAAAGUUAA